GCUGCACCACCCGCAGCACCAGCCCAGCCGCCGGCCCUUUCCUACCUGGAAGGCCUCUGGGCCCCCAAAGCCGCCGCCGCCGCCCGGCGGUGGCCAAGCUAAACAGGCGGGCGGAGGUGAACGGCGCGCCGAGAGCGGGGCGCCUAGCAACCGGGGUGCCUAGCAACCGGGAUGCCUAGCAACCGGGGGCGCUUAACAGAGGAGCUGGCCAAGGGAGGCGGAAGUGCGAGCGCGGAAGGAGAGUUAGGGGUCCUGGAACAGGCCUGGGGGCCUGACCCUUCAGGACCUGCGCCAUGGCCACGCUGAGCGUCAAGCCCAGUCCACGCUUCCGGUUGCCGGACUGGCAGACCAACAGCUACCUGUUGUCCACCAACGCCGAGCGCCAGCGAGAUGCCUCACACCAGAUCCGCCAGGAGGCCCGGGUCCUCCGCAACGAGACCAACAACCAGACCAUUUGGGAUGAACAUGACAAUAGGACGCGGCUGGCAGAGAGGAUUGAUACUGUCAGCCGAUGGAAGGAGAUGCUGGACAAGUGUUUGACGGAUUUAGAUGCUGAGAUCGACGCCCUGGCACAGAUGAAAGAGUCAGCGGAGCAAAACCUGCAGGCCAAGAACCUGCCUCUGGAUGUGGCAAUUGAAUGCCUGACCCUGCGGGAGAGUCGGCGUGACAUUGAUGUGGUGAAGGACCCCGUGGAGGAGGAGCUGCACAAAGAGGUGGAGGUCAUUGAGGCCACCAAGAAGGCCUUGCAACAGAAGAUCAGCCAGGCCUUUGAGAAGCUCUUCCUCCUGCAGGAAGCCCGACAGCGGCUCAACUCUGACCAUCGUGGCAAAAUGGAGACACUGGACAUUGACAGAGGCUGCCUCUCUCUCAAACUCACGUCCCCGAACAUCUCUCUGAAGAUCAAUCCCACACGUGUGCCCAAUGGCUCCACCUCACUCCAGCAGUGGGAUGACUUCAGUCGGUUCAACAAGGACCAGGGAGAGGCUGAGAUGAAAAAGGCCACUGAGCUGAGGGAGGCCAUCGCCCUCACCAUUGCUGAGACCAACAACGAGCUGGAAGCCCAGAGGGUUGCCACAGAAUUUGCCUUCAGGAAGCGGCUGCGGGAGAUGGAGAAACUGUACAGUGAGCUCAAGUGGCAAGAGAAGAAUACCUUGGAGGAGAUUGCCGAGCUGCAUGAGGACAUCCGGCACCUGGAGGAGGACCUGCGCAGAAAGUUACAGAACCUGAAGCUGUGCCACACACGGCUAGAGGCCAGGACCUACCGGCCCAACGUGGAACUCUGCAGGGACCAGGCACAGUACGGCCUCACCGACGAGGUUCACCAGUUAGAGGCAACCAUUGCCGCCCUGAAGCAGAAGCUGGCUCAGGCACAGGACACUCUGGAUGCCCUGUACAAGCAUCUGGCCCGGCUGCAGGCUGACAUCGCUUGCAAGGCCAACUCCAUGCUGUUGGACACCAAGUGCAUGGACACCCGUCGGAAGCUGACCGUGCCUGCUGAGAAGUUUGUGCCUGAGGUGGACACCUUCAACCGCACCACAAACCGCACCCUGAGUCCUCUCAAAACCUGCCAGCUGGAGCUGGCCUAGGCAGGGGGCUGAGGGAGGAGAGGAAGGCUGGUUGAAAAUGGAAGGGAUGGGGGGAGCGGAGAGAAUGAAUCUAAUAAAGGUCGGGGUUCUCAGUCCA